AUGGCUCCGAAAUCCCCAUUCCGCGCCUUCCAGCUCACCUCUCGCACCCUCCGCCAGUCCCUCUUCCGCCAACCAGUCCGACGCCGCAUCACCACCGCAGAGACCACUGUUGAGCCGCCCAGCAACUUGAACGCAUUCCAGCGGCUAUGGCGGAGUCCGAUUGGGCCUAAGACGGUGCAUUUCUGGGCGCCAAUCUUCAAAUGGGGCGUCGUGCUCACAGGCAUAUCCGACUUCGCGCGUCCCGCCGAGUCUCUCUCUUUGACCCAGAAUCUCGCCCUGAUGGCAACCGGCGCGAUCUGGACGCGCUGGUGCUUCGUUAUCAAGCCGAGGAACAUCUUCCUGGCUUCUGUGAAUUUCCUCCUGUUCUGCGUCGGGGCUACCCAGGUUGGGCGCAUCCUCUCGUAUCAUCAGAGUAUUAAGAAUAGCACGUUCCCAGAGGAGGCGAAGAAGGCGGCCAAGCAUGAGGGGAAGAUUGCGGAGGGGAUUGUUAAGGAUCCUGAGGGCGCGGUCAAGAAGGCUGAGGCGCCGAUUAAGGCUUGA